AUUGCUCCAGUCAAAGAAAGCCUUUUCCUGACAAGCUCAGUCAUUUUCAUUCUUCACAAUCGGAGACUUGACAGUACUUUCAGUCACAAUGAGGAGCUCCGUGGUGUUUUGCGUGGCUGUCAGCUUUGCCAUGUUUGGAUUUGGCCUCUCGCUGCAGUGUUACUCCUGCCCCCAAGGCUCCACCAGCGGCUGCGAUGUCAAACAGGAGUGCAGCAGUGUUGAGGACGCCUGCUUAAAGGUCACCAUCGGCGAUAUCAUCCACACUGAAUGUAUAAGGUACGCCGACUGUGACGUAAGGAUUCUUGCGCAGAAAUUCCUCGUGCCUCAGUUCACUUCCAGGUGCUGUCAGACAAGUCUCUGCAACGGGAAAAGCUGGCUUGAGAGACUGAAGGAGAAGUUCAGCGGCUGAAAGACGCGAGGGGGGAAACAGAAAGAUGCAGUUUUGAGCUCUGAUUUUUAGAUGUUCCAUUUAAUUGCAACUCAGCGUUGUUAUAAACUCAACAAUAAAGUCUUAAUAAACUGUCUGAUAUAAA